GCGGCCGGUAAGACCACCAUUCUCUACAAGCUGAAGUUGGGUGAGGUGGUGACUACAAUUCCAACCAUUGGCUUUAAUGUCGAGACCGUCGAGUACAAGAACCUGAGCUUCACUGUGUGGGACGUCGGAGGCCAGGACAAGAUCCGUCCUUUGUGGCGCCACUACUACCAAGGAACCAACGGCUUGAUCUACGUGGUGGACAGCAAUGACCGCGACCGCAUUGAAGAUGCCAGAGAGGAGUUGAACAAGAUGCUCAACGAGGAUGAGAUGCGAGAUGCGGUGCUCUUGGUUUUCGCCAACAAGCAGGACUUGCCACAGGCCAUGACAGCAGCGGAGGUCACUGAGAAACUGGGUCUGCACAACUUGCGUCAUCGCCAGUGGUUCAUCCAAUCCGCUUGCGCAACGACUGGUGAUGGAUUGUACGAGGGAUUGGAUUGGCUCUCCCGUACAUUGUCCUCCAAGCGCUGA